AAGUGGACGCGCUCCGUCCUGCAGCAGCAGCAGCGCGGUGGAGGAGCAGCAGCAGCAGCAGCAGGAGGAGGAUCGGGCCGGUCUGAGACAGAAAGCGUCGCCUCUGGCUUCCCCCCGGUGUUCCGCCGCCUUCCUGAAGCGGUUGUAGGAUCAUCCAGUGUUCGGCUUUUGUGAUCAUUUUUCUGUUUUUCCCUUGAAGAUGAGCUCCGGGACGAACGUCGUGCAGGUGACCAACGUGUCCCCGAGCACCACCUCGGAGCAGAUGCGCACUCUGUUCGGCUUUCUGGGAACCGUCGAGGAGCUCAAACUCUUCCCUCCUGAUGACUCCACCAUGCCGGUGACGUCGCGCGUGUGCUUCGUGAGGUUUAGCGAGCAGGAGUCGGUCGGCGUUUCCCAGCACCUCACAAACACAGUGUUUGUGGACAGGGCUCUUAUAGUUGUGCCCUACGCAGAAGGUGUGAUCCCGGACGAGUCGAAAGCUCUGUCGCUGAUGGCACCUGCCAACGCCGUCGCCGGUCUUCUUCCUGGUGGAGGACUGCUGCCCACGCCCAACCCUCUUGCAUCGAUGGGAGGAGGUGUUCUGGGUGCUCUUGGUGGUCCCACCAUGCUGCCCGGUGCUGGCAUGAACCCCCAGGCACUCUCUGCUGAUCAGAUUUUGAAGCUGAUGACCUCCGUGGACCCAAAGAUGAACCCGAUGGCGGCGAGCAUGGGUCUCAAAGCGGACGCUUCCAACAAGGAGAUCGAGGAAGCCAUGAAGCGAGUCAGAGAGGCGCAGUCCCUCAUCUCGGCUGCGAUCGAACCCAGCAGUAAAAAAGACAGCAAGCGCAAACAUUCCCGCUCCAAGUCCAGGUCUAGAUCCAGGCGCAGGAGAUCCCGCUCUCGCUCCCGACACAGGAGGUCGAACAGCAGGUCUCGGAGACGCUCUCGGUCCAGGAGCCGCAGGCAUUCCCGAAGCCCCAGGAGGAGGAGAUCUCGCUCCAGAGACCGCGGCCGCCGCUCCGCCAGCAAAUCCAGGGAUAGAAAGAAAGAGGAGAAAGUCAAGAAACGUUCUAAAACGCCUCCAAAGAGCUACAGCACCGCCAGGAGAUCUAGAAGCACAAGCCGAGGUGUCUGUAGACCACGGGAACAUCAUCCAACACCUCAACACGUAAACCGGAGGCGAAGGAAGAGUGUCAGCCGAUCUCCUAAAAGAUCCCCCAAAAGAUCCCCCAAAAGAAGAGCAUCCAGGACACCAUCACCAAGAAGGCACAAGAAAGAGAAGAAGAGAGACCGGGAAAGAGAGAAGGACAAAGAGCGCGAGCGGGACAGGAAGUCUGACCGAGAUCGCAGCCGUGACGAGUCUGAGCGCUCCUCCAACAAGAAGAAAAAGAGCAAGGAUAAGGAGAGAGAGCGGACCCCCGAUAGCGAGAAACGAGACGUGAAGGUGACGCGCGACUACGACGAAGAGGAGCAGGGCUACGACAGCGAGAAGGAGCGAGAGGCCAAGGAUUCAGAUUAUUCAGGCUCCUCCCCCACACGCUACGAGGGCGACGGCGAGGCAGACGGCGGCAAACGCACGCCCAAGCAGGCCAAGCAGAACGGAGCCGAACACCACGAAGAGCAGGACAUGGACGUGAGCGACUGAGCGGACGGACUCGGAUGGAGGAGUAGCGCGAUCCGAUUCGCCCUGGCGUCGUCUUUGUAACCCCGGGAAUUUUCUGUGUUCUCAUCAUGAAUAUUUCGAUUCGGGUUCAUUAUCACAAAGUAGCCUGCGUUUGUAAUACGUCCUUUUUUUUUUUUUUUUUUGGGCCCUAAAAAGUGAAAGGAUUGUUCAUUUCAGUGUUCCUCUUAUCUUUUCUGCAUCGUUUCCCUUCAUUCUCUCCAUCACAGCUAAUAUUUUAUCCUCUUCAUCAUCGCUCUUCUUAUCUAACAGGUAACAGGACAAGAGUUUUCUUUGUCUGCAGAUCUUUUUUUUUUUUUUUUUUUUUUUGGUAAAAAAUCCCCACCCCUCCCAAUUGAAGGUUUUCAUUCAUCUCUUUUGAUACCCAUUUGGCGUAAAAGUCAUUUUAAAUAGAACGAGUUCAUGACGUAAGUACAUGAUUAGUGCUUUAUAUUCCUAGAAUUCGUAUUCAGUAGGUGACCAUCCUGCAGUUGGAGUUUUUUUUAUACUGUAAAUAAACUCGCUUGAGUCAAA